GGAGGGGCGGGGGCGUCGUAGCACUGGGGCUUGCGGGCACUGCUGCCAUGCGCGUGGUCAAGCAAAUAGGCUCCCAUCCCGCAUAGCAUGCGACCUGCGAGAGAUGCUUGCGGCCGGUGCCGUUGCUAUAGAAACCUGCAGGAGAGGAAGCCAUGGACUCCAAGGGCCAGUUUCUCGAAAGUCCCCUGCUAGAAGAAGGCAACUCCUCGCUAAAGAACGCUAUACAGCACACAGGUGAUGGUUCUGUUUGCAUCCGUGGGUAUCCUGCUUCCAAAGAACAUACAGGAAAAUGGAAGGCUAGCACCUUAACCAUAGUUUGUUCAUUCUGCACGUACCUGGCUGUUUCUUCUAUUGCAAAAAACCUAGUCAGUUAUCUCACAAAAGUAUUACAUGAAACAAACGUGGCCGCGGCAAGAAAUGUUUCAACUUGGCAAGGCACUAAUUAUCUUGCACCUCUAUUCGGAGCCUUCAUAGCCGAUUCAUAUAUGGGAAAGUACUGGACGGCUCUGAUCUUCUGCAUAAUCUCCAUUAUUGGAAUGUUGAUGUUGGUUCUGUCAGCAACACUUCCGUUGAUCUAUACUGGUCCCAAUAUUUUGCCUGAUUGCAUGGAUACAGUCUCAUAUCAGUACAUAAUCUUUUUUGGCUUAUACAUGGUUGCUAUAGGGCAUGGUGGGCAAAACCCUUGUGUUACAUCCUUUGGUGCUGAUCAAUUCGAUGAUAGUGAUGUAGAGGAAAGAACCAAAAAGAGCUCUUUCUUCAGUUGGAGCUAUUUCAUACUCAAUGUUGGUUCAUUGAUCUCAGCAAUUAUUAUGGUGUGGAUCCAAGACCAUAAGGGUUGGAUAUGGGGUUUUGCCAUCUCUGCACUUUUUGUCGCUUUUGGUGUGGGUAUUUUUCUCUUGGGGUCUACUGUCUAUAGAUUUCAGAAACCUGGAGGAAGCCCUGUUGCAAGAGUGUGCCAGGUUAUUGUUGCAGCUAGUCUCAACUUCAAUAAAGACUUGCCAUGUGAUUCUUCACUACUUUAUGAGAUUCCGGGGCAAGUUUCAGCAAUUGAUGGAAGCCGAAAGUUGGAGCAUACAACUGGACUCGAGUUCUUUGAUAAAGCUGCAAUUGUGAUGUCCUCUGAUCGUGAAUCUUCUGGACUUCUUAAUAAAUGGAGAAUUUGCACUGUCACUCAAGUGGAGGAGUUGAAAAUUUUGAUCCGGAUGCUCCCUAUUUGGGCUACCAUGAUUUUAUUCCCUACAGUUUUGGCACAAAUGUUUUCAACAUUUAUAGAACAAGGGAUGGUAAUGGACAAACACAUUGGCUCUUUCGAAAUUCCUGCAGCAUCCUUCCAGUCUGUAGAUGUUGUUGCUGUCCUUGUACUGGUUCCAGUCUACGAAAGAAUCCUUGUUCCAGUGUUCAAAAAAUUCACUGGCAUGGCUAAUGGCAUUACCCCUUUGCAACGGAUGGGGAUCGGCUUAUUUUUCGCCACACUCUCAAUGGUGUCAGCAGCACUGGUGGAGAGCAAUCGGUUGCAAAUUGCAGAAUACAAAGGCUUGGUGGACCAGAACGUUGCUGUCCCAAUGAGCAUCUUGUGGCAAGGACCCCAGUACUUCCUGAUCGGCGCUGGUGAGGUGUUCUCGAUCAUUGGGUUAAACCAGUUUUUCUACGAGGAAUCACCAGACGCCAUGAGAAGCUUAUGUCUAUCAUUCUCACUAGCUAACAUCUCGGCUGGGACUUACCUUAGUUCGCUCAUCGUUUCUCUUGUGCCUGUGUUCACUGCUGGAGUUGGCCGCCCGGGGUGGAUACCUGAUAACUUGAAUGAAGGGCAUUUGGAUCGAUUCUACUGGAUGAUGGCAGGGUUGUGUUUCUUGAGUCUGCUAGCCUUUGUGUUCUGUGCAAUGAGAUACAAAUGUAAGAAGGUUUCCUGAGUUUUGUCGACGUAGAAAUAGCAAUAUCUGAAGGGUUUACUCGCCCUGAGAUACAAAGGUGAUGAUUUUCAGAUAUUCGAUGUGAGAGUCUGAGUCUGACGCCCCAUUUUGAGAAACAACGAUGUUCUGAACUUUGAAUUUUAAAUUUACCAGUUUAUCUGGGAAAAAGGGAACAAUUAUAUUGGAAACUGUUUUCUUUCA